AAGGAAAAAAAGAGCGAGACAGCCAGGGGAAGAGAAAGAUGUCACUGUCUAAUCUCCCUGUCAUUCUUCUUUCCAAACGGCGCCGGGCAGAGGAACUGCUAGAACAAUGCUGAGGCGGGCGAGGUGAGGAGCGGCCGGCGCGGCCCCGCCGACGGAGCGUCUGGAACAGGUGAUAGGAGGAUCCGGAAACCCAGGCCGCCUGGGCAGCCCUCCCCGCGCCCGGCCCGGCUACCCGGCUGGGCACGGGGGGGGAGACCAUGGCGACCAAUUUCAACGACAUCGUCAAGCAAGGCUACGUGAAGAUGAAGAGCAGGAAGCUGGGGAUCUACCGGAGGUGCUGGCUGGUGUUCCGGAAAUCCUCCAGCAAGGGGCCCCAGCGGCUGGAGAAGUAUCCGGAUGAGAAGUCAGUGUGCCUCCGAGGCUGCCCCAAGGUGACCGAGAUCAGCAACGUCAAGUGUGUCACGCGGCUCCCCAAGGAGACCAAGAGGCAGGCGGUGGCCAUCAUAUUCACUGACGACUCGGCGCGUACCUUCACCUGCGACUCAGAGCUGGAGGCGGAGGAAUGGUACAAGACGCUGUCCGUGGAGUGUCUGGGUUCGCGACUCAACGACAUCAGUCUGGGCGAGCCAGACCUCCUGGCCCCAGGAGUGCAGUGUGAGCAGACAGACCGCUUCAACGUCUUCCUGCUGCCCUGCCCCAACCUGGAUGUGUAUGGCGAGUGCAAGCUGCAGAUCACCCACGAGAACAUCUACCUCUGGGACAUACACAACCCCCGCGUGAAGCUCGUCUCGUGGCCCCUGUGCUCACUGCGCCGCUACGGCCGGGAUGCCACACGCUUUACCUUUGAGGCUGGCCGGAUGUGCGAUGCUGGGGAAGGGCUCUACACCUUCCAGACCCAGGAAGGGGAACAGAUUUACCAGCGGGUCCACAGUGCCACCCUGGCCAUCGCUGAGCAACACAAGCGCGUGCUGCUGGAGAUGGAGAAGAACGUGCGGCUGCUCAACAAGGGCGCGGAACAUUACUCGUACCCCUGCACGCCCACCACCAUGCUGCCCCGCAGCGCCUACUGGCACCACAUCACAGGCUCCCAGAACAUUGCUGAGGCCUCCAGCUAUGCCGGUGAGGGGUACGGGGCAGCCCAGGCCAGCUCAGAGACAGACCUCCUCAACCAAUUCAUCCUGCUAAAGCCAAAGCCCAGCCAAGGGGACAGCAGCGAGGCCAAGACCCCAGCCCAGUGACAGCGGGGCUGGUGCACUGCAGGACCGC